GCUUGUCACGGGAUGUGAGAAGACAGUCGUGAGUCGAACAUCACCUGAUCGUCCUAGCCGUUGUUAUAUUGAUUGGGAAGUAAUGAAAAAGGAACAUACUGUUUUACCGUACAUAUCACCGAUGUAUGUUGUUUUAUGAGUAGAGAGGGUUAGAAAGGAGAGUACGUACGCACAAAGAUAAAAAGUCCAAAGUACGGAAUAUCCGUCAUGGAACUCAAAACCAUUCGAAUCAACAACCCAUCAAACCUCAAUUUUAUUCUGGGCCACUCCCAUUUCAUCAAGACGGUCGAGGACCUCCACGAGGCCAUAUUCAACAGUGUCCCGGGGGCCAAAUUCGGUCUCGCCUUUAGUGAGGCUUCGGACGUCUGUCUGAUCAGGGGGUCGGGCACCGAUUCCGAACUCGAGGCUCUGGCCAAGGAGAAUGCCAUGUCCAUAGGUGCCGGUCACACCUUUAUCAUCUUCAUGAGGGACAUGUACCCGGUCAACAUCCUGGGGAGCGUACGUGCCGUGCCCGAGGUGUGCCGCGUCUACUGUGCGACUGCGAACCCGGUCGAAGUUAUCGUGGCACAGACGGAGCAAGGUAGAGCCAUCUUGGGAGUCGUGGACGGUUUCGGUCCGAAAGGUUUCGAGGACGAAGGAGACAUUGCCAAACGCAAAUCUUUCCUCCGGGACGUGGGAUAUAAGACGAAGUAGGUAGGGGUGUAUAGGUACGGAGUGAUAGUAUUUUUGGAUACCGAGAAAGUACAAAUCGGGUUGUACAGUGGGAUGGAGAAACACAGAGAGAGAUAUAGGGGGAACUUAGUCACCCGAAUCACACCUAGAUCGAAACCGCACGAGGACAUGAUGAGGCGGACUGAGGUGCACGAUACUUUUUCAAAGUGAGGGCGAUGCAAAGUAAUUUGGUUAGGCCGUUGGACAUGGGAACGAGGCUGGGCGUUCAAGGACUCACUUUGUGAGCCUUACCAAAUACAUUGAUCGAGGCUGUGGGGGACUUUCUUAUCAGUACUCGGCAAGGCUGGCCUUAAUCCUAUCGUCCCUCUUCCACUUUUCUACAGUGCGCGGAGAAACAACAUCGACUGUUCUUUUUCUCCCUCACUAAUGUUUCCCAUUCGAUGCUCGUAAAAUCUACAAGUCCAUUGAUUUGACCAUGAUUCGCCAGAUAAG